AUGCGGUCUCUUGCAUGGCUCCUCUCCCUCCCCAUAGCAACCAAAGCGGGCGAAGUCCUGUGGAGCGGGUUAUUCGAUGCCUCCGCAACCGUUGCGGACUUCGACGAAUGGUCGUGGUCGAACCAAAUCGGCGCCUGGCAGUGGUAUAUUCACGGGCCUGCCUCGACGGAAGAGUACCUGGGACUCUCGCCUGACCACAAGAACCCCGCCGAUAGCAGUGAUUCACAGGGGAUUAGGAUCACAAUUGAUGGCACGUCGUUCUGGAAUGGACAAACCAUGGAACGAUCCGAGAUCAUACCCCAGACCACGGCAAACCUGGGAAGCGGGCAUCUGUUCUACCAUUUCUCGCUGAAGACUGAAGAUACGAAUGCACCGAACCCGGGCUUCGAGCAUCAGAUCGCAUUCUUCGAGAGCCAUUUCACAGAGCUCAAAUACGGCGCCAUGAGCGGCACUUCUGGCGAUGACAACACCCUCCGCUGGUGUGUCGGUGGAGUCUCGCACUGGGAAACUGACUUGGAAGCAGGGCAGUGGUACAACUUCGCGUAUGACAUCGAUUUUGACGCGCAGACUGUUGGACUGUGGGCGUCACAUGGGGCCGAUGACCUAAAGCAGGUUGUGUCAGCUCUCAGUGCGUCGACUUCAACCAACUCCGCGGAUUGGCAUGUCGGCGAGUUGCGGCUCGAUAACGGGGGCUUGAAUGCGGCUGCGGAGGAUUGGUUUUGGUCUGGCAUUUUUGUAGAAGAGGCUCCAAUCACGGCUGGUAUUGCUGGUCCUGCAUGA